ACCAGCUUCCUGUAGGCUGGGAAGGAGGAACUACGCUUGUCCAGUUAGGAGAUGUGGAGCAGCCCACAGAAGAGCGUCUGCAAGAGCCAGAACAAGGAACUUCACCAACUGGAUCAAGCCUGACAGUCGCUCGUUCGUUCCCUUUCACCGCCGAGAGCAAAGAGCAGGUGGCGGCGUGCGUAUGUUUGCGCUCAGGGGAGUGUAAGGAAGCCGCGGAGCCGGAGAGGGAGACAUGCAGCGGCACCGAUCCAGGGGUACCGUGACUACUGCUGUGGACACCUCGGAUGAGACCACUGAGAGGAAGAUCCAGCGCCUGCGUCUGACUCUGCGCCCCGGUGACCCCUCCUCAGAAGAGCUUGAAGGUCACACGAUCAGCACUGGCCCGGAUGCGUCUGACAACGGCACUCCAGCCUUCUCAACUGCGCAGCAACACGAUGGCAAGUUGGCCUGCGACCCCUACAGGAAGAGAAACGGCUACGUGCAGCCAGGGGGGCCAGUGGGCACGGAGGACACCGAACAGCACGGAGCUCCCGCAGUCAAUGGGCUGAUGGAGAAGCCGUCCCAGAGGUCUGCCAUAGUAGGCGGGGGCGUGCAAGGGGUGGACACCGACACCCAGCAGGGCGUGAUGGCGCACGAAUGGACCGUCAGUCACCUCAGGGAUGAGAUGAACUACAUCCGAACGGUGAGGGACUCUUUGGAGAAGGUGCGAGAGAGGAUGUACGGACAAUUUGGCGGAAUGCAGCAGUCGAUGCAGAAGAUGUCACAAGAUAUCAAGGCUGCCAAUGCCCAGAGGGAAGACCUGGAGGCGCAGGUGAGGGUGCGCACCAGUGCCAUGGAGAGCUUGGACCAGAUGAACAGCUCCCUCUUGUCAGCCAACAUAAGUCUGCAGAAGUCUCUGCUAGAAAACUGCUUGGACCGUGUGGAGAAGCAGGACGAACUGAAGACCCUGCGGAGCACCUGCCGCCAAGCUGAGACCAAGCUGCGGGAAAGGGAGCGGGAGCUGGCCUCUGCGCGCGCCGAGAACCAGGCCCUCCGGCUGCAGAUAGAAUCUUCCCAGGAGGCCAGCUGCCAGGCGCUGCAGGAGAUGUCUGAGCGGCUGCAGAGGGGCCAUGAGGAGCGACUGCAGGAGGAGCAGAGGAGGCACAGGGAGGAGAUCGAAGCACUGCAGGCUCAAAUCGACAAUUACGUGAAGCGUCUGGAGGAAGCAGAGAUGAAGGUGAGGACGGCGGAGGCCAAGAUUGUGGAGAAGGACAAACGGAUCAGCGAGGUGGAACGUCUUCUGGACUGUAUGGGCCAGGAAAAAAGCCACCUGCUGGCGAAACUGCAGAACUGCGAGCAACGGCUGCACAUCCUGGAGCAGGAGACGGACCGCGUGGACGAGGCCGUCUUCAAUAAGUCUCAGAAGCUGGAGGACGAAGCCGCAGAACUGCGGGAGAGGAUUAAACAUCUGAAUGACAUGGUGUUCUGUCAGCAAAGGAAGGUGAAGGCCAUGAUUGAGGAGGUUGAAAUAUUGCGAGCUACGGUAGCGGAGAAGGACCUCUUCAUUACCGAGCUUCUGGACAGAAUCGCUGCAGCGGAGUCCAAGAACAACGCCAAACGUGUGGAAACCAAAGAUGUCGGAGUGGGCUGUGAUCUGCCCGUCAGGUCAGAGGCUCAGCCUCCAGUGGAACUGCAAAGCACGCCUGUCAGGUGGAGCCCGCGGCUGUCAAACCGGAUGGAGUCGAGCCUCCUCAGGUAUUCCCCGAAGCAGUACAGCUUAAUGCUGCAAUCCAGGUCUUCCCAGACAGCCAGCACCAGUACCAGCACCAGUACCAGCCCCAUGUGGUCUGCAGGUGACCCCCAAAAUCCUGCACAGCCCAGCCCACCUCAACAGACCUCAGUACAGCCCCCCCCGGGCCCCUCAGUCCAAGAAACGGCCCAGCCAUCACCAUCCAAUCCAAGCACGACCUCCGGUCCAGCAGAGCCAUUUUCACCAGUCAAAAAACUGUAUGACAUCACAGAACACACAGAGGCUGAAUGAGUGACAGUAGAUCGCCAUCUCGCCGCAACACCGCGUUCCACCUAAAGCGUGGCUGAAUUCGCAGCAUCGCCUUCUUCACCAGUAUUUCCAGUUUCGAGUUACUCACGUGAAGAAGAGAUUUGAUUUCUCAACAGUCUUCCUUUGUUUACAUUGCAGUCUGUGGGAGUACAAGGCAUACUUUAGUAUCUUAAUAAAUAAUUAUAAAUAGUUCUAUUUCAUUGUAAAUAAAUGUACAGAUAGUAUUUUAUGCAUUUGUUUUUGUUUACAUAAGUGGUAAAGUAUCAUGGAAACCUAUGGCUGUAAAAAUUUGUACAUUUCUAUUACCAAGUUAUAAAGAAAAAUUGCAAUAUUUUAUUAGUGCUUAAUGCUUUAGGCAUUUUGGCAUUCAUGUGCUAUGUAUGUAUAGAGUUUAAAAGUACAAAUUGAAAGGUAGAAAGGAGAAUAUGCUCACUGAAAAAUAUUAAGACCUUGAAUGAAUGCUUUGAUAAAACUGAGCCGUCGUUUAGUCGCGUGUGAGCAGUCAGGUAUGAAUCGCAAAAUAUCCAGGCCAAAGCACAUGUAAAUAUGGCCAGUCCAGUGCCUCUCAAUGAGUUGUUUUUUUAUUUUUAUAUUACAAGUUGUGUUUACUAUUAUAAAAAUCUGUAUAUCUGCUAACGUUAACCAUUAAAAUUGCAAUGAAAACGCUGA